UCUGGCUUUAUUUCUUGUUAUACAUUUCUCAACAUCUGCACUAAAAAUGCUUUUGGACUACAUCUCAUUCUAGAUAUGCAGUGCACAAAUUUAAGUCAGAUUAUCCAAUUGAGAGAAAAAAAGACAAAUAAAAAAAAAACAUCACUUACUGACUAGGUAUAUUUGAGUUCAGCAGGCAUCUCAUUCACUGAUUCACUAUUUAAAUUUAAGCUGCACAUUUAUCAUUUAUUUGGCUUUUUUGUAAGGCAUAAUGUGAAGACAUUUGGAUCAGGCUGAAACCUAAACUGGAUUUUGCUUCUGAAAGAAGAUAUAGUGCAAUAUAAGAAAAGAUUGUGAGCUCUCAGCAGAGUGCUCCCUUAAAUAAAUUCUUACUCCUUUCACUUUGAGAGCUUUCAAUUUUUAAAGCACCUCAGGAAUGAAGAAUUAUUCAAUAAGUGGAUUUUAUUUCUUUUUUCCGAAUGGCCACCUGGCAGUACUUUGCGAUUAAACGUAAAUUUGAAACCCAAUUGUUACUACACAACAGGACAAUGAUUGUGACAAGGCAAGUUCCUGAAGAAAAUGGACUAUAAAAAAAAAAGCUUGCUUUGCUUUUUUUCUUUCAUUCUAUGCUUUUUGGACUCAAUGGCUCUGCAGUUUUCUUAGUGUCCUGCCUUCUCAAUUGUUGUGCUGUAUAUGUUUAACUUCGAUCACCACUACUGCAUAGUAAGUAAAAGGGAGAGUCUGCACUUUGUGGAUUCGUCUCAUUCCAUCAUGAUGCCUGCAAAUGAGACAAAGCUGCUGAACUGUCAGAGUGGAAGUGAUGCGAGCCUUCCUCUAGAGGGACCAGGAGCUCUCCCAAUGUGUAACAGUUCACUUCUUGGCUCAGAGCAAAGCCCCCCUCUCUUAGUGGAUGCUUGGCUAGUUCCACUCUUCUUUGCUCUAAUCAUGCUGAUCGGGCUAGUGGGCAACUCCUUGGUGAUAUAUGUGAUUACAAAACACAAGCAGAUGAGAACCGUCACCAACUUUUAUAUAGCAAAUCUGGCCACCACAGAUAUCAUUUUCCUUGUCUGCUGUGUGCCCUUCACUGCCACACUUUAUCCUUUGCCUAGCUGGAUUUUUGGAGAUUUCAUGUGCAGAUUUGUCAGCUACCUUCAACAGGUUACAGCACAGGCCACCUGCAUCACAUUAACAGCUAUGAGUGUGGAUCGCUGCUAUACCACUGUGUACCCAUUGCAAUCCUUACGGCAUCGCACCCCCAGAGUAGCCACAGCAGUUAGCAUUGGCAUCUGGAUAGGUUCUUUUGUUGUCUCUAUUCCUGUUGCAAUAUACCAAAGACUUGACACAGGAUACUGGUUUGGACCCCAGACAUAUUGCAUUGAAGAUUUUCCUUCUCCUUAUUACCAGAAAGCAUUUAUUCUUUAUACUUUCUUGGCAGUUUAUCUUUUACCACUUAUUACAAUUUGUGUUUGCUAUGCAUUUAUGCUAAAAAGAAUGAGCAGACCAGUGGUGGAGCCAAUUGAUAACAACUAUCAGGUUCAGCUUCUGGCAGAAAGAUCCGAGGCCACGCGCACUAAGAUUUCCAAGAUGGUGGUGGUCAUAGUCCUUCUGUUUACUAUCUGUUGGGGUCCCAUUCAGUUUUUCAUCCUGUUUCAAGCUUUUGACUCCAGCUUUCAGAGGAACUAUGAGACAUACAAGAUCAAAAUCUGGGCCCACUGUAUGUCCUACUCCAACUCAUCCAUCAACCCCAUUGUGUAUGCCUUCAUGGGAGCCAAUUUCAGAAAAUCUUUUAAAAAAGCCUUUCCAUUCAUCUUCAAGCAGAGAGUGGGAAUCACCCGGGGGGCUGUUGUGAAUACAGAAAUGCAAUUUGUUUCAUCUGGGACAUAAUGAUACACCAUGGCACCAAGAGUUUUUGGAACCUCUGAGAAAUCAGAAAACAAAACAAGCACUUGCCAGUUAAACCACUGCCCUUUAAAGUUUUUUGAUUACCAAAAUCAAUUUAUCUGUGCAUCUUUUGAGAUACGGUAACCAAAAUGUAUUAUUGAAAACUGUUUUCAGUGUCUGACUUAUAACAACUUGCCCAUUUGCAAAGACAAAGAAGAACUGUAUUGUUCUUGGUACUUAAGAGUCACCAGACAUGAAAAUACGUUUUAAACAGAUAUUUACAUUGGGCUGUGUACAGGUAUAUAUAUAUAUUAAUAGUGACAAACACAAUAAAUUUUAAACUUAUACCAGCAACCACAGAUUAUGGUGUUCUCUUGGUAACUCUUUAGAACAUUAGCCACUUAUUGCUAUGUAACAAAAACAAAGCCUUGGUUCCUACAGAUAGCCUCUAUUUAAAAGAUUUGUGAUCGGGGCUUUGCACAUCAAAUUAAAAGCUAGCAAAGCAUUUCUUAAGGUGUUGUUAUAUAGCAGCAAAUGACUAAUAUUUGCACCUAAGAAUUCCCUGUUCUAAAGAGUUCUUAUUAUCUUAUCAUCUAUGCUGCUUAAAAGGUAUCACUCCUUAUGUCUUUCUCAAAAUGACUUUGUGUGGUCAUGCUUAGCUUGGAGUAAGCUGCUGUAAAGCAAAAGAAAACACAGGUUGUAGUUUCAUUGUAAAUCUUGUAUGACUUUUAAUAAGCUGGCUAUGUUUAAAUGAUUUAUAAUUUUGUUUUUUCCCAGUUUUCUUAAGCCUUUUUGGCUUUGUAGGGUAAAAAAUGUCAUGCUAACAUUGUUUUUUAAAAUAAGACAUAGUUAAAAACUUGUUUUUUAACACAGUUUACAUUAUUUAUCGACUUACAUAGUGAGUGCCAUCGCAAAUUGCCAUUUUUCACAAAAACACUUAGAAAUACAGAGAACUAGCAGGUUUGGUGAUUUGCUCAUACUCUCAUAAUUAGUCAGAAAUGGUGAUUAAACCCACAAACAUUUGGGUUUCUAAGCCAGUAAUCAGCUGGCUACCAAACUGCAUUUCUAGGAAAGCAAGUUAUUUAUUCUAAACACCAUAUAUUUACAAAAAAAUUGUUCACUGGAAUCAAACUUGAACUGGCAUGUCACAAAAUAGUGUAAUUAGAUCCUAAAAUAAAAAAAAGUUAUAACACAACAAGUCCAAUAAGUUUAAAUGAAAAACAAAAAAGUACAGCUAAAGUACACACAGUAGUGAUGAGCAAAACUCAAUUUGCUUCACAGCCAGCAAAAAUUGUGCCUUUGACACAGAAAGAAAGAUGUUAGUUACUAUCUGGGAGCAUUUCAUGGUGAAUUCCACAUGCCUCUGACUUUUGUUAAGUGUUAAAAUAAAGUUUUCAAGUAAAAGCAAAUAUAACCAAGAUUGUUUUCUGUCACAUGAAAUGUGUGUUGUUGACUGUACUGGUAGUAUUCUUCUUGAAUUGCCAAUUAUGAUGACAGUCUUGGAGAAAGCAAACCAAAAGUUAUGUUGGAGAUGGAAACAAUACUCGGUACAUUUCUCCAUGGCG